UUCGCAAAAUGGCUGAAUGGGAGUAAGAAAAAAUCGGACCAAACCACACAGGUUUAACGGAUUCACGUAUUAACCAUGCCGCCCCUUAUGCACUGCGAGCGCCUCCUGGAGCGGCUGAGGAAGCAGCAGGAGAGGGGUUUCCUGUGCGACUGCACUGUCGCGAUAGGCCAGUCCAGGUUCCGAGCUCACUGGAACGUCCUGGCCGCCUUCAGCGGAUACUUCAGCUCUCUGUGCGGCACGACCGCGGCGAGCGAAGACGUCACCUCCCUGGACCCGGAGUGGGUGACCGAGGCCGUGUUUCAGAGGCUAAUCGACUUUGUGUACUCAGGGGACCUCAACGUUGACAGCUGUAAUGUGACAGAGGUUCGCAAAGCUGCCACUUUCCUCAAGAUGGAGGAGGUUGUAAUCCAGUGCACCCUGACCCUGGAGGAUGUCAAGCCUGUCUGCCCGGAGAUGGUGAGUGAUGAAGAGGACCUGGGGGCCAGCCCAUCCAGUCUUGAUACUUCUGAGCCCCACAAGCCAGAGACGGACAGCGUCACAUCGGAUGAGGGCCCCCAGGGGCCCGUGACUCUGGAGGCUGAAGAGGCCCCCAAGCCCUGUGUCCGGGCACCCGAAAGAUCAACAAACAGAGCCCGGGCGUCCAGGCGCAAACCCGGCAGCGGCCACCAGGGGGAGCUGAAACAGCUGGGGCCCAGGGUGCACCCCCUGCUGCUGGAAGUGUUCAACGGUGCUGGUAACAAGCCAGCAGACGUCCCUGUCCCCGUCCCUGUCACACCAGAGGAGCAGGGCGGCAGGGAGCCCCAGAUGGGGUCGCCACCGUCUAAUGACGACACGGACCCGAGGCCAUCCCCCCAGAGGCCACCCGUAAAGAGGGAGCGGGAGAGGGCGCGGAAGAGCUGCCCGCUGAAGGAGAACCGCGCCCUGCCGCCCCUGGGCGAGGGGGGCGUCGGGGGCGGCCCCGUGGGGGUGGAGCGUCAGGGGCUGCUGGACGAGCAGCUGCGAGCGAAGCCGGUGUGCUACACCUGCGGGAAGGUGUUCUCCGAGGCCAGCAGCCUGCGGCGCCACAUGCGCAUCCACAGGGGCGUCAAGCCGUACGUCUGCCAGCUGUGCGACAAGGCCUUCACGCAGUGCAACCAGCUGAAGACCCACGUGCGCACCCACACAGGAGAGAAGCCGUACCAGUGUGACCUGUGCCAGAAGGGCUUCGCCCAGAAGUGCCAGCUGGUCUUCCACAGCCGCAUGCACCACGGGGAGGAGAAACCCUACAAGUGCGACGUGUGCGGCCUGCAGUUCGCCACGUCCAGCAACCUCAAGAUCCACUCCAGGAAGCACAGCGGGGAGAAGCCGUACGUUUGCGACCGCUGCGGCCAGCGCUUCGCCCAGGCCAGCACGCUGACGUACCACGUGCGGCGGCACACGGGGGAGAAGCCGUACGUCUGCGACACCUGCGGCAAGGCCUUCGCCGUGUCCAGCUCGCUCAUCACCCACUCCAGGAAGCACACAGGAGAGAAGCCAUACGUGUGCCAAACGUGCGGGAAGUCUUUCACGUCCUGCGGAGAGCUCAACAAGCACUGCCGGUCGCACACAGGUGAGAAGCCCUUUGUCUGUGAGCUGUGUGGAAACUCCUACACAGAUGUGAAGAACCUGAAGAAGCACAAAGCCAAGGUGCACAAAGACCUGCCCAGCCCAGGCCCAGGUCAGAGGUUGGGCGUUUCCCUCGAUGACCCCGUCAUCUGGAAGGCCACCGCGUCAGGCCUGGUGGAGCUUAAGGCCACAGAGGCACCGCCCUCCCUCGCCAUCUCCACCGACCAUCAGAUGCUGAUCUCCCCGCCCCCCGCAGAGAGCAGCGGCACCGCCCCCACCGACCAGCUCCUGCGGACUGCCGUCGGCUUCUCAGAGCCGCAAUUUAUCUUUCUCCAGCAGCUCAACUGAGACCCAUGGGCCACCUGCAGCCAGGGCCAGAAUUUCUGCAUCCACUCCUCUGAGUCCAGCACCCUCCUGCCGAUUGGCAGUCUGCAGUCAGACCCUUGACCAAUCACUGUCUAUCCUACCAUAUCCUAGCAAAGGGGCACUAAUGUAACACCAUUAACUCCUGUAACUCAUAUAACUCCAUGCUCCUGCAUGGAAAGGAUUUAUGCAUUUAAGUGUUAAUGUGUGACUGGGAAAUUUGACUUUGAUUUGUGUGUUUUGAGCACCUUCAGGUACAAAAGCCGAACGUGAAUGCAAACAAGCAUUCUGACCAUUGGUCCCGCUCCCCUAACUCGGUCCAGAUGCUUUCAUUAGUGUCUUGGAAGAACUUGAUGGCCACCAUAAAAUUAAAGGAAAAUGACAGUUUUGUGUGUGUGGGGGGAAAAUGAACAGAAUCCUGUUUGAAGGGUCAGUUAUUGCAUUUUUGUACGUGGCACAGAUCAGUAAUUGAAUCAGCAAUCCCAUGAUUAUUGUGCCCUGUGGCGUCAUUGAGUUACAAGAUUUUAUGACCAGAGAAGAGAACUUCAUCCCAACAGAUCUUCAGAGUUGCCCUUUUGAUAAAGCAAACAUGUGUCUAACUUGUGUCAGCACCAGGAAGCAAUGACUUGAGAAGCAAGAAUUGUGAAUUCUGCCUGACCAGAACAUCUCAGGAUUAUGGUGUGAAUUAACAACCGUACCUACUCUCUACGAUUUUACCUCCUUCAAAGAAAGAAAAAAUGUUAAAGAUAAACUCAUGAAAGUGUGAUUUGCAAAUGACAGAUGUGUUUCAUAUACAUAAUGUGAAACUAUGAGGUUACCACGAAUUGCUCAUGAUUAUACCGUUUUUGGUUGUGACCUGUUGUGAGUAUAUGGAUGAUUUGUCGCGGACGCCAAGGAGUGAGCGUUAUUGGCGCUUGACCAUCUACAUUUGUUACAUGUUUCGCGUCAGUAUCUCUGUGUGUCGGUGUGUUUUUAGUUUAAUCUUACAUGUGUACCAGGCCUCGUUAUGUUCAAGCUGUUGGAUUGUGAAUUUUGGUGGUUGUUUUUUUUUCCUCGCUGUGCACAACCCCAACCUUGGAGAGAGGCAGUCCGGUAUGUUCCAAAGGGUAUUGUUUUGCUGCGACCACUUUCCCAGGAAUUCGUUUCCAUAUGGACUUCUCCUCGUGAAGUUUAAAGUUAAACUCGGUCUCCAAACUAUAUUAGCUGGCGAUGAGUUGUAGCAAUCAGAUGUAUUGUUUACAUUUUACAAGAGAAAACGUAGUAUCCCUUUUUCCCAAAAGUAUGAAUUGUUUAUUUCUCGAAGAGAGACUUGGUUAUUUCGUCGACCCUUUCUUUGAUCUGUUUGGGCGCCCUGUCACGAUCGGACAGAGCAGUCGCAGCAGGUCUUGAAACGUAUUAUCCAUGUCAAAAUAUUGUGC